GACCUCUUGAGCGAAGCGCACUGAUGGCGAACAGGGGUCAGGUGCAACGACCGGCGGGCAGUAGCCUGCAGGGUAAGAUAUGCCAGUUCAAGCUGGUGCUGCUGGGCGAGAGCGCUGUGGGGAAGUCCAGUCUCGUGUUGCGUUUCGUGAAGGGGCAGUUCUAUGAGUACCAGGAGAGCACGAUAGGCGCAGCUUUCCUCACGCAGACUGUCUGCCUGGACGACAUCACCGUCAAGUUUGAGAUCUGGGACACCGCAGGGCAAGAGCGGUACCACAGUCUUGCCCCGAUGUACUACAGAGGCGCACAGGCGGCAAUCGUUGUCUAUGACAUCACAAGUCAGGACACAUUCAACAGAGCCAAGAGCUGGGUGAAGGAACUGCAGAGGCAGGCCAAUCCGAACAUCGUAAUCGCACUCGCCGGUAACAAGGCCGACUUGGCCGACAAGCGCAUGGUGGAGUUUGAGGAUGGGCAGGCAUAUGCUGAUGAGAACAGCCUUGUGUUUGUCGAGACGUCGGCCAAGACAGCGAUGAAUGUCAACGAUGUGUUUCUUACUAUCGCCAAGAAGCUGCCAAAAAGUGAGCCAAGUGGGCCAUCAGGUGGUGCCAGUAGUAGGCGACUGGAUGAGGGAGCCACUGACCAGGCUAGCACUGGUUGCUGCAAGUGAGCAUUGAACAGUCAGUGGCUGAUUGUCAUGCGCGGUGGCAGGGGCAUCACUUGGGUCACGACCUUUAUCGACCAACUCCUGAGGUCAUGACCUUGUGCAUCCUGCCACUUGUGUCACUGCUCUACAUUUCAUUUGCAUCCCAAGUUGAAAAUUAUUGAUGGCAAUUCAACUUAUUUAGCAUUUUCGGGGCGCGUAUGCACAAAAUGGUUUAAUUGCUACAGCUGUGUAUCUUGACCUUCAUCUCUCAGCAAAUAUUCGAGGAUGUUACAGUUACCUCCAGUGUAGGGAGAGCAGAUGCAGUGAGAAAUACUAAUCUAUUAGUAAAACUAUAUGAGUCAAUGAUGAAGACGCUUGAGAAAGCUAAGUGUCACAAAGAGAAUCCAUUGAUUUGUGUACAGCAAUAGGAAGUUUAAUGUCAACAAAGUUGUAUCAGUAACAUUCUCACUACUGGAUACUACUUCCUGUACAUUAUUGAAUCAGACAAAAACUUCGUAUUUUUACAUAGUGGUGAUACUGUCACAAAUAUUUGCAGUGCCACCUAUGUGUUUAUAGCGUAUAUUGUGAGCCAAUUUCAAUUUGAACACAGGCGGUGUAAUUUAAUGCACAGGAUAAUACAGGAUGCAUGGUAGGAGACUUCUCAUUUUAUCACCGAAUAUUAUUUACAUUUUACCAAUUAGUAUCGCCUAUAAACUGAUCAACCACAUAACAUGAGCAAAUAAAAUUUUGGUGACAUGCAAGUAUGGAUAUUGUUUCAUUGAUGGUAGCACGCUGCCUGUG